CACCAGUGUCCAUGAGACAAGAUUACCAAGUUAUCAUCACCUUUGAUGGCUCUUUCCAUCCCACCAAUCGAACAGCUGCUGGAGCAUGAAAAAUUGAGACAACUGCAGGGAUACUCUUGCAGAUUAAAGCAGUUUACCUCUCCUCCCUCUCAGCAUUUCAAACCGAGAACAUGACAUGCCUUGCUGCCCUCCAAGAAGCAUCCACACUUGAUCUUCAAAGCGUCCUUGUCUAAACUGACUGCGAAUUAUUGACCUCAAAUCAAUCUUUGCACCGUUUUCCAAAUGAAGCACAAAAUGUGGUAUCUCAGUUGCAUAGUUUAAUAUAUCUUCAUUUCAAUCUUGUUUUAUAGUUAAGGUUCGUAGAAACGAAGUUCAUGAACUUCACCAAUUAGCUUACGCUAAGCAACAAUGAAAUAGUUUAAAUACUUACGUUUAAUUAAUAUACAGGUACUUUUAUAAAAAAACAUUUAUAUGGAUGAAUUUACGAAUGAAGACCAUUGAUUGAAUCACUUCGUGAGACGAAAACAAUACAAUUUAAUGAGUAUUUUUUUUUUUCUCUUUUUGGGUAGAGGGAGUAUCAAUUAAUUUUUUUUCAUUAUUAAAUUUUGUUACUAAUUUAAUGGAUUAAGUAAUGGGCUUUCACAACUUCCGUCACAACACAAGCAAUCAAAAAAAAGGGGAAAGGCAAUUUGUGUUUAUCAAAAUUUACCCUAAUCUGCUUUAUUAUUUAAAUAAUUUUGUUUCUAUUCGUUUUCCAUUUUCCUAUUUUCCUGUCCACGGCAAAGCAAACCCUAAACCGCAGAACUAGCAGAUUCAAUUACCUCUUCUUCAGUCGUGCGAUUGGCGUAAUCAGCGAUUAAACCUCUUUCAGACGUGAAAUAGUUUCUCCCAUUCUGAGGAAUUCGUCUAAAGUUUUUGAUUGAUUUUGCACUGAAGAAAUCAGAUAUGAGGCUCAGAAAGGGCAGUAAAGUUGAGGUUAUGAACAAGAAGGAGGUUCCUGUAUCAUGGCGUACAGCUGAGAUACUUAGUGGUAAUGGGCAUACUUACAGUGUCCAUUAUGAUUAUCCUCCAGUUAUGGACAGUGGUUCUUUGAUGGAAAAAGUGUCAAGGAAAUUGGUGAGACCACGUCCUCCUUAUUUAAUAGGUGAUCAGACUAGGGAAGUUGGAGAAGCAGUUGAGGUGUUUCACAAUCUCUCAUGGAAGAUUGCUACCAUCUUGAAAAUUUUGCCAGGAGAUUACUACACAGUGAGGUUAUCUGGAUCUUGUAUGGAAUCCACUCUACACAAGUCGAACAUCAGAGAUCAGCUAUUGUGGCUUGAUGAUAAGUGGAUCCUGAUGGGAAAGAGUUCUGGUGCAUGUGAAGUGGAGCUAGUAGGUAACCUAUCACCUUCAAAGUAUUCCCAGAAGAAAGUAUCUGGUGCAAAGACACAAAAAAGAGCUCCAAUUGGUUCUUGUGUCAGAUUUCAGGAGAAAACAGGGGUGCAAGAGUCUGACAAAGUUUUAUCAAGAUCCUUGAAAAGGGCAUCCCCUUGUUGGUCCUCAGUAUGUGAAUCUCAUGUAGGAAGCCCUCAGAAGUGUAGAGCUGUUGAGAAGGAUGGUAGGAGACAAAGGAUGACUACACCUGUUGGUUUCGAAAAGGUAGAUGUUACUCACACAAGAGACGUUAUGGGAAAAUUGCAUAUGCAUACUCUCUUAGAGGAUGGAAUGAUUAGGUAUAAUGAACCAAAAAGAGGGAAAAUUAAGUGUAAUGCUGGAUUUCCUGGAAGUUCUGAACCUCAUGAUUCAGAUACUGUGUCUUCGUCAGUUGGGAGUUGUAGUGCUGUUAGUGUGGGUCAAAAUGGAUCUUCUAAUGGUUUUGUACGGGUAUCUUGUCAAGUGUCAGAUGAACUUUGCAGUGAUGCAGAGUCAUUUUCAACUGACGAUGAGGAGAUCUGUCCUCUCUCUCCUUCAGAAGAGGAACAGGCGGUAAGUAUUCAUGACUUAGAGCUACGUGCUUAUCGCAGCACUUUAAAAGUGUUGCAUGCUUCUGGUCCUUUAAGUUGGGAACAAGAGUCAAUGUUGACUAAUCUCCGUAUCAUGCUACAUGUGUCAAAUGAUGAACAUUUGAUGGAGAUAAGGUACCUUCUUUCUGAUCAAAGCGGUGCUUAUUGUAGAUGAUGGCCAUUUGGCUGGUUGUAUCCUCUGCUGUAUUUCCUUGUUUACUGUUUCUCCACAUACUGUAAGCAGUUAUACGUAUGAGAAGUUUGAACUUAUGUUUAACUCGUCGGGUAACAUUUCUAGCUAUUGCAUUGAUGUAGUGAAUACUUUGCAAGAAAGACUUCAUUUAUUUUACAUCACAUAAAAAGGAAUGGUUCUAUACUGCUUCCUUGCGUAUAUAUAUAUAUAUCCUAUAUUCAUUACAGGAAUUAUUUGUUUUUGCUCUCCAGUUUGAAAGUAAAAUCUUUCAGCGUAAUUAUUUGCAUAACUAUAUUGUUUCGGUGCUAAACAAGGCUUUCUUCUCUGGUGUGCUGAUUGGGUUUAUGAUUUUGGUUCAAUAUUUGUUCUUUGGAAAAUGGAUUUUUCCUGUGACAAUUGGGAGCGUGUGCUCUUCUCCUUGGAAGUUGUUAUUGAUCGUCACCUGCAUUUUCAGGGCUCGGUGAGGAGUCAAUGAGGCCCUUGCUUCCUGAGAUCAAUUGUGUUAGGGACCUUUUGCUUUUCAGCCUCUUCCCUAUGUAAUUGAUCGGACACUCCGCUCAUCCACGUUAUGGCAGAUGAGAUCAUGGCAAGUCCAUGCUGCUACUACUUGAUUUCCCUUAUUCAUGCUCUCCAUUUGAAUAUUACUAGCCAACGAAACUAAUUGCUAACCAUUUUGUUUAUAUUCUCUUCACUUCGCAUGCUUUCUUAAACAUUUUUUUUACGUUUCACACAGUCAGCAACUUCUUGCAAGAUUUUUGUUCAAAGGUUGACUCUGGUUGUUUAGUAACUCUCGAACUUUCCUUCAUCAUCUAUAGUUGAUAUUGGUAUUAUGUCUUUUGCAUAGGAAAGAUCCUAAUUCGCAUUAUGUGCUGUCCUGCCCUUCUAUCCUAAGUCCUUUAUUUUGGGCCACACCAAUAGGUAAUUUUGUGCAUGCAGAAGCUUGUCUUGUUUCCGUUAGAUUGUACGAGCCUAUGAUGGCCACAUAAUUGUUAUGUAUUUAUGGUUAACCAACCUCUAAAUGGUGCCAAGUGCCUCAUGGUUUUUCUCUAGUUAUGUUCAGAUUGAUGUGCUUGUCUCAAGAAAGCUGGCGAGUUUACAUGGAAAGGCUGUGGCAGGGAAGUUCUGUCAGUUUAAAUAUUUUGUUUGAACGUUCAUUCUGCAGAUGACAUGUUCUUAAAUUUCAUCAUCAAAUUUAGGAAUUAUAUGAAAAUCCCAACAAAUUUGUAAUUAUGAUGAAUAAGUGAUCGUAACAUCUCAUGUUAAAAGGGGCUCAUAUGUAAAGCUGAUAUGAGAUUUCUGUUGUUCUGCAUCCUCUACAAAAAUUCCGGCAAAUGAUUGUAAGAUCUCAUAUUAAAAAGGGGGCUUAUAUGUAAAGAUGAUAUAACAUAAUCUCUGUGGUUCUGCAUCUUCAUUGAAAUGAUGGGGGAAUAAAUGCUCUUCUUUUAUUCUGAGUUCUAUCAGAUCUGAUGGUCUAAAUUGUGGUACCUGAGAGUACCACAUUUAUGUUAUGUGGAGUGAAGUUGUGCUUUUUGCUUUAUGUUAUUUCUCUAUAAAUGAAGGUGAAGCCGACGAAGUUCAGAACUUGUAUGUCCAAAACAUGAUGUGCUUGUAACUUUUUUCAUUAUGAAACAGUUCUGCUUGGCUUUUCGGUAGCUAGUUUCUUUGCGGAGUCUUGAGUUUUGCACAGAUGCAGCCACAGCUUGCGGAUCCAGACAAUAUUGACCCACCAAGUUUUAAGAUAAAAAAAGGCGACUCCAAAGCAGCAUUAACAUUUUUAUGCAUUAGGCUCUAGUUUUUCUUGGGUCGAUAGUACCCAAUGUGUAAACUUUCUAGUCUUCGUCAUACUUUUUAAUGUAUCAUUUUACGUCAUGGCCUCUAUCAACAAGCUAAAAGCCUCCAGAAUCACAUGCACAGAAAGUAUUUCAUUCUUUCUUACGGAAACAACAUUCUCAGAAACUGAGGCAACAUUCUUUAAGUUGGAUUGGUUAACUUGAGUCUGCAAAGUCACUAUUUGGAUUGCAUCAACGACUAUUGAUGUAGUUUGUGAAGAACUUCUUAUUUUUAGUUUGAUAUUCCUUCCG